AUGCUCAACCACCCUCCGCCGCACGCAAGGCUCGUCAGCCCUACACCUUCCCUUCCAACCAUCGCCCGGACCUCGACAGCAGUAACCGGGACGGCGGGGAUGAACAAGAUGAUGAAAAAGGCUGUGAUCACCGUGACGAGUAUCGCUGGGCCGACGGGGAGCGUGGUUUCUUCCAAUUCCGAACCGACCAAAAUUCCCAUCGGACCCAUCGUCGGAGGAAUCGUUGCUGGUGUAGCGGCCGUAUUGAUCAUUGGAGGGAUCUGGUUCUGGUGUCACCGCAAGGCUGAAAAGGAGAAAGAGGAAGCAAGACAGCGUGCGGCAGCCCGUGCGGCGAGGAAGAACGGGACGGCUCGACCGACGUUGAUCAAGAACAAGUCGGCCGUCUCGGACGCUCCUUCUGAAAAGGACAUUCCAGGGCAUCACCCGCAAGGCCGACAUCAGGCCCCGCCUGUUCCUGUUAUACCUUCGCAGUACCUCGUCAGCAAGCACGGUCACGGGCAACAGCAACAGCAGCCUUAUGGGCAGGACGGAGGGUACGAUCGGUAUGCCGAGAGGGAUGGCGAGUAUUACUCGUCACACGCUUCUACAGAGAUGAAUACGCAUGGCACCUCGCCGACUUCGUCCACCGGUUCACACGCCUCUGUCACUCAGCCGAAACCGACCGUCCCUCCUCCUGCGCCGAUCAGCUCGUCUUCAUCUUCGAGCGGGGGCGAUCGUCGAUCUCGAGCACAACAGAGGAUCGAGGCGGCCACUGCGGCCAAGGAACGCGAGGCCGCUUUGGCCGCGGCAAACCCGAUCGGGAGGUAUGCGCCCGCUCGACCUAGUCCUCUCCGGGCGGAGGAGCGCAAGGACGACGACGAGGCCGUGCCCAAGUGGGGGUCCAAGCCGUUCAGGAGCGCCAACACCAGUACAAGCAAUACCAACAACCAGGAGAAUGGAGAGAACAACUCGACCGCGCCGAUCAGCUUGGCUCCUCCUAUCGAUACGUCGGGGAGGGACAAGGCAGUCAGCGGGGAAUGGGGAGUUGCGUACUCGGACGUCGAUGAUGGAGCUGGGGCGUUCGAGCACGAUGACUAUGACACCCGGUCGGACGGGAGGAAAUCCAUGGGUGCUGAUCUGUCGACGUCGAUACCGAUGACGAGCUCGGGCAGGCAGCCUACGGGGUACGCUUACGACCCUUCAACUUCGCCGCGGAGUCGGGCGGUUUCGGGAGGGGCACCAGACGUCUAUGCUCAGCCACAAUACCACCAACAACCUCAGUACCAGCCACAACAGUACCAAGCGCAAGACCCUUAUGCGCAGUCCCGGUACGCGUACCAAAAUGACGAGGACCCCUAUGCUCCAAGUCCGGCCAGGCGGGAUGUCGGACGAGGCGGGUACUAG